GCGCCGCUCCGCCCCGGCUGCGGGCAGCGCCGCUCGGGGCCGCGGCCGGAGGGUGAGCACCGCGAGGGCGCUGGCACCGCUCGGACCCUCCGCACCGGGAAACGGGGCUUUCAGGCGGCGAGGGGCGUGUGUCUGCCCCGAGACCCGCGCCUUGCGCUCGGCUUCCUCCUUGAGGCUGGCGGGGGGCCUUCCCUCUAGCGCCGGUUAUCCCCGCUUGGCGCAUCGUAGGCUGGCUUGGCUGUGCUCCGUGCGGAGGCUGAGAUGGCCCUGCCCGAGUGGCACAUCGCCGUCAAGCUGGCGGAUCAGCCCCUGGCUCCCAAAUCCAUCCUGCACUUGCCAGAGACGGAACUGGGGGAGUGCCCGUUCGGGGGGUGCAGCAUCUCCUACCUCAAGCAGCUCAUCACCGGCAAGCUGCAGGAGUCUGUCCCGGACCCCGAGCUCAUCGAUCUGAUCUACUGUGGCCGUAAGCUGAGGGAUGACCAGACACUGGAUUUUUAUGGCAUCCAGUCUGGCUCCACCGUUCACGUCCUGCGCAAGUCCUGGCCUGAGCCUGAUCAGAAACCAGAGCCUGUGGAUAAGGUGGCAGCAGUCCGGGAGUUCCGGGUCCUUCACACUGCCCUGCACAGCAGUCCUGCCUACAGAGAUGCAGUCUUCAAGAUGCUGGGGAACAAGGAGUCGCUGGAUCAGAUCAUUGUGGCUACUCCCGGCCUCAGUAGUGACCCUGUUGCUUUGGGAGUCCUACAGGACAAGGAUCUCUUUUCAGUGUUUGCAGACCCCAACAUGCUGGACACGCUGAUCCCAGCUCACCCUGCGCUGGUGAAUGCUAUUGUCCUUGUCCUGCACUCGGUGGCUGGCAGCACCCCGCUCCCAGCUCCGGACACGUCCUCCCGGGGCAUGUCCUCUGGCUCCUACCGGGACAUGCCAGGUGGCUUUCUGUUUGAAGGUCUCUCUGAUGAUGAAGAUGACUUCCACCAGAGCACCAGAUCCACACCAUCCAGCAGCACCUCUGGCUCCCGCCCGGCUUCCCUCGGCUACACUGGGGCUGCUGGGCCGCGGCCCAUCACCCAGAGCGAGCUGGCCACCGCGCUGGCACUGGCGAGCACCCCAGAGAGCAGCUCCCACACACCCACCCCUGGCACCCAGGGUCAUUCCUCUGGGACAUCCCCGAUGUCAUCCAGUGUCCAGUCAGGAACACCCAUCACCAAUGACCUCUUCAGCCAGGCCUUACAGCAUGCCCUGCAAGCCUCGGGGCAGCCCAGCCUGCAGAGUCAGUGGCAACCACAGCUUCAGCAGCUGCGAGACAUGGGCAUCCACGAUGAUGAGCUAAGCCUUCGAGCCCUGCAGGCCACUGGAGGGGACAUUCAGGCUGCCCUGGAGCUCAUCUUUGCUGGUGGAGCUCCCUAGCUUUUCGGGCAGGAGAAGCUGCACUGGUGAGUUGUGCUGAGGCAGCUCUGACAUUUCUUGGUCUGGGACUUGGCCCUGAAACUCUUGUCUGCACUGGGGUUCCUCUCUGCAGCAUGGAGCAGUUGGGGUGGCUGCUCCUUUCCUUGCAGGUGGGCAGUGUGCUUCUGGUUGGGUGAGGGCAGCUCCUCCACAUACCUCUCUUCAGCCUCCUCCUCCUGGCCACCAGAGACAAGACCUCAGGACUUGGUCCAGUGUGGAGAAAGAGGUGGCUCUGUGUGUUGGAGAGAUGUUCUGCAGUCUUAUUCUUCUGCCUGUUGUUUCAUUCCUGCCCACCUGACAUGCCUCAGUCCAUCUUGUCUUGCUGUUGUGGUCCCUCUGUGUUGAACUGUAUUAAAUGGACUGUAUUCACUUG